AUGGAUGAGCUUAGACAAAUUUUAGUAUUUUAUAAAAUACUAAAAGACAAAGCAGAAUUUAUAUCAAAUUAUUUCGAACUUAUUAGUACAAUUGCGAAAAAGUCAACGGAAAUAUUAACUCAAGCUAUUCAAAUACCUCGAGAUUCAUCGUGGAAUGACAUGAAUUUAAUUUCGCUAAUAGAAGGUGGCGAAAAACAAAGAGACACGUAUGAACAAUCUUUGUUAAUGCAUAAUAACAUUUCAAAUGAUCUUAAAGAUUUAAUGUAUCAAAUAAAUGAAGAAAUUUCUAUUAUUGAAAUCAAUUUAUCAGAAGUAAUUAAACAAAAUGAACAACAGCUAAAAGAAUUAGAUGAAGCCAAAAAAGCCCAUUUACACAGCUGGAUGAAAAAUAAAGAUCCAUGGUUGACAGACAUUCGCCUAAAAAUGGCUAUAAAAAAUAUGUAUACAUACGAAAAAAAUAACACUUCUAUAAUUUCUAAUAUGAUAUCAAUUUACAAUGAUAAAUUUCUUAAUACCCAAGAUUUAUACUUACAGAUAAUUACAAAGUUUUGCAAAUCGCAAAAAAUACUAUUUAACAACUUGUACGAUGUAUCACACGUAAAAAUUAAUACAUUUACAGAAAAAGAUAAAUUUUUCGAUGCGGUUUCGGACACAAAAAAGGAAAUUAUAGAAGCAAAAGUCAUAAAUGCUUAUGAAGGGAUUAUAACUAAUUUAAGUAACGAGUUAAUUAAAAAAAAUAUAAAUAUUUAUAAAAAUAUUGAACCUAUAAAGUUCGGUAUAUGCAAAUUAAAGAAAGGAAUUACAGGUGAUUGGAUUUUAUUAUUUAUUUCUGUAACUAGAUCAAGAUUUAUUCAUUUUUUUGAUUUCCAAAAUAUUCCAAAAUUAAUUCAAAAGCACUCGUCAAUUAUUAAAAAGCUAAAGAUGUCUAAUAAUAAAUCAUUUAUUGGACUUUUUGAUGCAAAAAGAAAGUUUUUAAAUCAAAAUGAUGAAAAAAAUAUUAUGCUUCUUGCAAAAGAUGUUUGCGAUAAUAUUGAUAAAUUAAUUAAUAAGAUUUACAUAAGCAUUAAUUUACAAGAUAAAAGUAUAAAAAUAGACAAAGAUAGAAAUAUUAUUACAGUUGAUGAAAAGUCACAAAACGGUAUAUCAAGCAUUUUUGGUAUUAAUAUGUUAAAAAUUAAAAUGUUCUCGUUAGGUAGUUGCUAUGAUAUUUAUUUUGCAAUGCAAGAGAAAAUUGAAACACAAACAUUUGAAUGUGAACAAGAAUUAACAAAACAAUUGCCAUGUAGUACAGGCAAAGGACGUGUUAUUAAAAUUGAAGAAGAAAAUCCUUGGACAAAUUAA